CUUCUUUCUGAUCCACUGGUGUUUGGAUAAGUGUGAACACAAAGGUUUGACUGAUGUUUUUGUGAGCUGAAUGUGUUCUUGGAUGAUUUUAGUUGUUCUGCAGUCUCCUUGUUUUCUGCAACCAUGGAUCCAACAGCGUCAACUGACUAUGCAUAUUCUGAAAUGUAUGGAUACGACGAGGUGGGGCUUGAGGAGAUUGUUGGCCCCUGCCAUGUAGAGAAUAUCUACGGUUUUGCUCAGAAAUACUCCCCCGUUGUGUACAGCAUAGUGUUUGCCCUUGCUGUCAUUGGAAAUGUCAUGGUGCUGUGUGUGAUCAGACGCUACAGAAACUCUCAGAAUGGCGGAGCCUGUGCCUUCACUCUAACGGACACCUUCCUCCUUCACCUGGCCAUUUCUGACCUCCUGCUGGCCUUCACCCUGCCCCUGUUUGCAGUGCAGGGUGCCUACCAGUGGGUGUUCGGCACAGCUGGUUGCAAGAUCUCAGGGGCUCUUUUCUCCUUGAAUCGUUACAGCGGCAUUCUCUUCCUGGCGUGCAUCAGCUUCGACCGAUACCUGGCCAUUGUUCACGCUGUGAGGUCAGGUUGGAAACGUAAUACCUGUCAUGCUCAGUUUGCAUGUGCAGCCAUCUGGAUAGUGUGCCUAGGUUUGAGCGGAGUUGACAUUGCAUUUGGAGUGGUAGUGGAGAACCCGUAUGAUGGGAAAAAUGUAUGCAUGGUGUGGUUCUCUCAGAAUGCCAACCAGUGGCAGAUUAGCUUGCUGUCUGUCAGCGUCAGCCUGGGUUUUGGUCUUCCACUGCUUAUCAUGCUCUAUUGCUACAUCCAGAUCUUCAGAUCUCUGUGCAAUGCCUCUCGUCGUCAAAAACGCAAGUCUCUCCGUCUCAUCAUAUCCUUAGUAUCUGUGUUUGUCAUCUGCUGGGCUCCAUACAACUGUUUCCAGCUGGCAGACAGCCUGCAGAAGCUCGGUGUGGUGAGUCCAAGCUGUCAUUUUAACCAGGUGCUGGACAUUGGAAUUCUGAUUACUGAAAGUGUGGGGCUUUCACACUGUGCCCUCAACCCUCUGCUGUAUGGCUUUGUUGGUGUGAAGUUCAGGAGGGAGCUGGUGAAAAUGUUUAACGAGAUACUUGGACAGAGAGGCUGGGUUGGAAUUGAAAGGUUAAAGGAGAGAAGAUCUAGAAAAAGCACAGGAUCUAUAACUUCUGCAGAAAGUGAAAAUACCUCCUACUCUGUCAUGGUGUGAGAUUAUUCAGAAAUUAAAAGAAAGGUGUGAUUGGAUGUUUGGGUGAAAGAGUUUUUUUCAAUAUGAAAACCUGGAAAAAAAAAAAAAAAAAAAAUUCCAAAAAGGUUCUCAAAGUAAUAUCAUUUAUAUCU